GGCUCAGCUCGUGCCGUAAAGCAGUUUGACAAUGUCUCUGCGGUGGAAACGGCUGUUAGUUCUUUAAACGCAUUUUUCCUCACAAAAGUCUUCCCCCCCGCUCUCUUUCCAGUCACAUCGCAGAGUUAACAGUGUCAGACAAAAUGGCGGAGAAGUUUGACAACCUGGAAGAGCAUCUGGAGAAGUUUAUCGAGAAUAUUCGUCAGCUCGGGAUCAUCGUGAGCGACUUUCAGCCGAGCAGCCAGGCGGGCCUCAACCAGAAACUGAACUUUAUGAUUUCUGGACUGCAGGACAUAGAGAAGUGUCGUCAGCAGCUGCACGAGAUCAACGUCCCUCUGGAGGUGUUUGAAUACAUUGACCAAGGGCGAAACCCACAGCUGUACACGAAAGAGUGUCUGGAGAGAGCGCUGGCCAGAAACGAGCAGGUCAAAGGCAAAAUCGACACCAUGACGAAAUUCAAGAGCCUUUUAAUCUCAGAACUCAGUAAAGUGUUUCCAGAAGACAUGGCCAAAUAUAAGGCGAUGCGCGCAGAAGACCCUCCCUCCUAGUGACCCCACCCUCCCUCCUAGUGACCCCACCCUCCCUCCUAGUGACCCCACCCUCCCUCCUAAUGACCCCACCCUCCUCCUAAUGACCCCACCCUCCUCCUAGUGACCGCUCCAUCUUCAUAAUCUCUCCCUCAUCUUGACCCCACCCUCCUCGUGACCCCGUCUACAGCCUGUUGAACUUUAAAUCCUCUGUUCACCCGGAUGUUGGCAGCGGUUGGUGACUUAUGUGAUUUGUUUCCUGUAUUUGAAGACCAGUACUGUGGAGUGCAUUUUCAGAGCUGACUCAGUUUGACUCGGUUUGACUCAGUUUGACUCGGCUCUCGCUCUCGCCGGGAACACGUCAAAGCAAAUGCAAAGCCACAUUCAAAACUGACUUGUUCUGUCGGUGCCUUUGCUUUAUUAAGUGACUCUGGUGCCAAACACUUCAGAGAUUUGGAUAAAGAAACACGUGAAAACUCUUUGUCACUGAUUCGCUCAUGAAGGAGCCGCAGUGGAUCCAACAGAGACAUUACUGUAUUUUCUAUGAAGUUGAAGUUUCUACAGCUGCACUUAUUUAAAGGUUCUGAUGGAUUCUUUUUGUAAUUUGUUAGAGGUUUGUAAAAAGACUUUUGUAAAUAAAUCUACAAUGUAAAAUGUGCCUCUUUGUUCACUAUGUCUUUCUGUUCUUUGAUUUGUCAUUUUAAUGUUCUAUUAUAUCUAUUUUAUGUUUACAGUGUGUCCGUAAAGUCUCUUUACAAUAAAAAGAAAAGAUGGGACUGGAUUUCUCGGCGUGUUCUCUGCAGCUGAGCCCCAUCAAUGGUUCAGUCACAUCUGUAUCUUUUGCUUUAGUUCAGUAAUGUCCCGUAUCUUUCUUCCACACACGAUAUUUUUAAAACCCAGAGGUGUGAGAUCUGGAGAACGCGCUGGUCCUUCUAAUCCAACGGUCUGGAAAUGUUUGAUUGAGGAACUCAGGAACAUGCAAACCCCAGUGUGAUUAAACUUAU